UGCCAAUAAUUAUGGUGGGCACUGUAUGGCUGUUCAGGAUAGCUGCAGCGCAUGCUUGGAGGCAUGUGUUACCUAUUAACCUGAGCCACAUAAUUCGAAAAGAAGGAAAAAAGUAGCUGAUUCUAGUCCAAAAAUUAAUUAAUUAUCGACCUAAUCAGCAACUAAUACGAUAGUUGAUGAAUUGCCUAGAUACAUGUUGACCUAAAAAUUGUCCAAAUCCUCUAUUUCUUUGAGCCAUAAUUAAAAGUUUUCAUAAAAAUGGAAAAAAACAGCACAUAUUGUAAAUUCGUAGGAUUUCAUUUGCAUUUAGAUUAAAACAAAAAAACAACAAAUGAUGGCAUCAUUUAUUCGUAAGUCGACUAAUUGCAGUAGGAAAAAACGUAAACUAUAAGAAUGGUUUGUGGCAGCCCGAACUGAAAGGCGACUUCAAAAUCAUUGUACUGUUAAACUCCACUCCAAUUUGCUGACUCAGUCAAAAGGCAGAGGUGUUUUCCCCGGCUACAGCUGAGGAAGGGCUGCAGUGCUUUGCAGUCGGAAUACUCAUGAGCAGCCAGGACCGCGCCUCGCCUCGCCCCCACCACCUUCUCCCCGACCUGUGUCCAUGCAAGUAUUAAGGCCAGUGUGUGUGUGUUGUCCUGUACAGCCUGAGAUGACCUCUACAGCUGUCAGACUGGGAGGAUCAGCGCUCCCCUGCAGUCAGUAGACAGUAAUCUAGGUGGAACGGUGCUGACCCAAAUGACGGGAGCAUAUUGUUAGCUCCUUUUCUUGUGGUUCAUUCAAAACAAAAAAAACUGGAAAGGCAUUGGCAGCUAUUGAAUGAAUCUCCAGGUGAUAGCGUUUUGUGUGUUAAGUUUGACUAAAUGAUGCAGGUGAAUACAGGAAAUAGCAGGGAUUUGCCUUCAGAAUAAAAGGGUGUAAACGCAUAUGUAUGGGAGUGUAGAAACCAAGGGCGUAGGUUUGCAUAGGGACGGUAGGGACAAAACACUACCAGCUUUUCAGGAGGCUCAAAUUAUCCCAACUUUUAAGCAAACUUAUUUGCAUUAGUUCAGUUAUACUAGUAUAGGUCAUUUAGAUUGUCUUCCCAUUUGUUGUAACGAUAGAAUUGAGCCUACCAUUAUUAAGUGAAUUAUUUUCAGACAUGUACAUUUCACUUGCUGAAUGUGCCAUUCCAUUUUUUUUUUCCUCAAACACACGUUUGAUUGGCUGAUGACUUGAGCCCCACCUUGUUUUCAGUGUAAAUCUACUAGAAAUAAGGGAAAUUAUCCACCAGUGUUUCAAGUAAAUUUUACUCAGAUUUCUUGAAAAAGGAGAAAUAGCUAGCUGAAAAAAAGCUUAACAGACUUAUUUUAAGCAAAAGUUGGUAUAUUUAAUCUUUAAAAAACUUGUUUGUCAUAAAUGUUCUUAAUUCAAUAAUGCAACUAGCUAACGAUAGCACCAACAUAUUCAUAGUGGAGGCGUUUAAUGUGUUUGUUGUUGAUGUUUGUGCUUCUUCUGUCUCUCUCUUCUUUUCUUCUGUUCACCCAAAACCCCUUCUUGUUCGCUGCUUUCUCCUAAUAAAUGAGCUGGCUCCGUCCCCCCGACCUCCCUCCUCUCCCUGGUAUCAAUCAACGCCAUGGCUCGGGAGAACGGAGACACCAGCGGGGGGGAGACGUGGAAGAAGCAGGUCGACGACAUCAAGAAGAUGUUUGAUUUGAAGGAAGUCCUCGGGACAGGGGCCUUUUCCGAGGUGGUCCUGGCCCAGGAGAAGCUGACGGGUCGGAUGUUUGCGGUGAAGUGCAUCCCAAAAAAGGCUCUGAAGGGGAAAGAGAGCAGCAUCGAGAACGAGAUCGCCGUGCUGAGAAAGAUCAAGCAUGAAAAUAUCGUGGCGCUGGAGGACAUCUACGAGAGUCCGGAUCACCUUUAUCUUAUUAUGCAACUGGUGUCCGGCGGCGAACUUUUUGACAGAAUCGUGGAAAAAGGUUUCUACACUGAGAAAGACGCCAGCACGCUCAUCCGACAAGUUCUGGAUGCUGUCAACUAUCUGCACAACAUGGGCAUCGUGCACCGAGACCUAAAGCCGGAGAACCUGCUGUAUUUUAAUCCCCAAGGUGGUUCAAAGAUCAUGAUAAGCGACUUUGGUCUUUCCAAGAUGGAGGGUAGCGGCAACGUCAUGUCUACUGCCUGUGGCACGCCGGGAUACGUCGCACCAGAGGUUCUUGCCCAGAAGCCAUACAGCAAAGCAGUGGACUGCUGGUCCAUUGGAGUCAUCUCAUAUAUUCUGUUGUGCGGGUACCCCCCCUUUUACGACGAGAACGACUCCAAGCUGUUCGAACAGAUCCUCAAAGCCGAUUACGAGUUUGACGCACCGUACUGGGACGACAUAUCCGACUCCGCCAAGGAUUUCAUUAGCAACCUAAUGGAAAAAGAUCCAGCCAAGCGCUUCACCUGUGAGCAAGCUCUGCGACACCCCUGGAUCGCCGGGGACACGGCGCUCUGCAAGAACAUCCACGAGUCCGUCAGCCGGCAAAUUAGGAAGAACUUCGCCAAGAGCAAAUGGAGGCAAGCAUUCAACGCCACUGUGGUGGUUCGCCAUAUGAGGCGGCUGCAGCUAGGAAGUAGUGCAGGGAGCAGCGCCAAUACGUCCAACCCCGCCGCCAGGCCGAGUCAGAAGCCGGCGCAAGGGCAGAGCCGGGCCGAGCAAAGCCGGACGGUGCCCGGCCAAGGUGCCGGCACGGCCGCUAGCCAGACUUCAACCUUAGAAAACUUGGCAGCGACACAUAAGGAAUGUGUCUCCACACCGGCCACCCCCUGCAGCCUGGCCUCGGCGGCCGUCUCCCCUUCAACGGGCACUGAGCUGAGCCGACCGCGCACCUCGGCGGUGCCCGCCCCGGUGCUCACGGAGACCAAGUGACGCCAGGUCCCGCCGGGGACCAGCUGGGAAGCCACGGCGCUGUGAUUCUUCAUGGACUGCCAGUGAAUGAUCAUUAUUCACUGCCAUUGGCGGCGAUGGACGAAUGUUCUUUGGAAUGGAUUGGACGUCCAUCCCCGCCAGUGGCAGCCAACAAAUGAAAUGUUUUCAUUUUUCUAUCAGCGGUUCAUGUACUUCAAUGUCAAAUUAGCAGGAGGAUUUCUGACAACAAAAGACCAUUAUCAAGACCGUCGGUCACCACUACCUCACGCUAAUUACCAGCUUUUGAGUCGAAAAGCUUCUCCUGUCCUCGAACGGAGUCCAGGUGGUUUCCCAUAAUCCUCCGCCGGCUUUGUCCGUUUCACUAUUUCAUCCAUUGACUUUUUUCUUUCAGGCUUGUCCAUCCGUGUGUUUUUGUGCUUUAAGGAAGUGCUUUAAAAGUACCACACGACUGUUGCGAAAGGAACAUUUGAGUUUGUGCUUUCUCGAUUUUGCACGUUUAACCCACCGAUGUUUAUCAGACAGGAAGUAAAGAUUGUAUCGAGCGUUGUAGUCGUGUUCAUUUCAAAUAGAUUUUUCUCAAUGGAAGCCAUGAUGUCGCCGCACGUUCCGUCGUGCUCAGGGAAAACCGCAGCUGCGCCGCGUGUCGGCGACCCGCCGCUUUAGUUUUAUUUCAACUACAGAAGUCGUAUAGUUUGACGACUUCUUGUUGGAGUCCGAAGUCAGACAUUUACUGUACUACUUUCCACUUAAAAAAAAACAAAAACAACAUGGAUUUUGUCAGUGGCGAUAAUGUAUAGGGCGCCGUUUGUAAAGCAGCACAUGCUCAAAAUUACGACAAUAUUUUUUCCACAUUUAGCGCCACACAGUGUUUAAAACAUGGUGUGAAAUUUUUAGUCACUUUUUUUUUAACAUUUACAACAUUAUUUAGCAACAUAAAUAUUUAUUUUUAAAUAAGAAGUUUUGGACCUGGUUGUUUAAAUCCAGAACUAAAUAUUUAAUUUAAAUCUUAAAUUUAUAUCCUAUAUCCUAAAUGCUAAAUCUGGAAACGGUUUGAACUAAAUAUUUAGCUUAAUAUGCAAAUUCACAUGACCGGAGACCGGAAGUAACAAAAUAAAAGCUGGUGGAGCAGCUCAGACUGUCUGUUUACGUUGCUUGAAAAUGAAUAAAACCUACUCAACGGUGGCAGUCUGCUCUUGGACAUGAGUCAUUGUGAUAAUAACGCAAUAUAAUAAUAUAUAUAGGUAAAAUACAUAUUUAGGAGAAACUAUUUAAAGAGUAUUUUGCGUGCUCCAGCUUUUAUUUUGUUACUUCCGAUCUCCAGUCACGUGAAUUUGCAUAUUAAGCUAAAUAUUUAGUUCCAACCGUUUCCUGAUUUAACAUUUAGGAUAUAGGAUAUAAGUGUUAGGUUUGUGUUGGUUCCCUGCUAGUGUGUUCAUGUGAUUGCCCAUUGAUUUCACCUGUUGUACCUGUUCCUAGUGUAUCGCCACCCUGCAUCCUUCUGUGUCGCCCAUCUGUUUCUCGUUGUCUCGUUACCCCUCGUCUCUGUGUGUAUAUAAGCUCCCAGUUUCUUUUUACUCCUUGUCGUGUCAUUGUCUGUGUCAAAGUCCAAGUCCUGCCCAAGCCCUCGUGCACUAAACCCUCCGAUAAUGUCAGUUUUUGUCUGAACAUUGCCUUUUUGAUCCCUAGUCCUUUUGGUUGUACUUUAUGAUUUUGUUAGUUAUUAUUAAAACAUUUUUUGAGUUCACUGCCACCUGCCUUUGCCACUGCGUUUUUUUUUUUUUUUCUCCCUGCAUUUGGGUCCACACCACCUGCCUACCGCGUCCCUGACAAUAGGUUUAAGAUUUAAAUCAAAUAUUUAGUUCUGGAUUUAAACAAUCAGGUCCAAAACUUCUUAUUUAAAGCUCCUGAAUGAUAUGGACCGCUUGGAUGUGUGUGGAAGCGAUCGCUAUAUUUAUUUAGUUUUUUUUAAUCCCGCGCCAUGAAAAUGAGUGACUUCCGGCUUCGGUCUUGCAUUGAAGAGGAGGGCGCUGUGACGUGUAAGGGAGAAGGAGUCCGCUUCAUUAUACAGCAGUACUGUUGUGUAUGAGGACUAAGGAUUCAGCCUAAUUUGCGAAUUAAUACGUUUAUUUUUCGCAUCACGGCAGCCAAACGGCUGCAGAAAAAUCUUGCUGUAUGAGGGAGAGGCGUGUGCGCCUUUUUGGGGUUUCAAAAGGUUCCCAUUCACCGUGGAUAUUGGCCAAAACAAGCCCUACUCCUGUGGGACCAUUGGACUUACGAGGAAGUGAGUAAACAUCUUGUUUUGUAUUAUGUCAAUUACGAAUACAGCGAUUACAAAGUAAACACUACAAACUUUCUUUAAAUAAAGGACUACUUACGUUUGAUCAUUGAGAGGCAUGUAAAAAGCUCUCCUCAUGCACGUUAGCUGCACAACAACUGCAGCCGCCCUCCUCCGGGGAACGAGCUGUAAAUUUCUCUCCGCCGGGCGGUUUGCCGAUCCGCAAAGACAAUCGACAACCCAGUCGUCAUGUCAAAUAAUCCGGGCUAGUUAUGUGUGAUUUUCCGCUUCGAAGACUUCACUCGGUUCGGGUUAGCAUGUCGGCUAGCUGUCACGCCUCUUGGUUUGUUUACAUUCACCGAAGCCGCGGAAGGGAAAUGACAUAUGUCCGAUUUAGGUGUCAUAAAAUAUCGUUUGGGAGGUGCGACAGUAAAGGUGAAGUCGACCGUUUUGACCAUUAUGGAGUAAUUUUGCCAUGUCGUCCUGAAUAAGUGCAUUUGUAUCAUUUCAAGACUGUUAUUUGUCAUGACCAGGCCAUUUAUUUAGCAAUUGGGGAAAAUAUUUGGAUAAAAAGAAUAUCCUGUAAAAAAUAUUGAAGUAAAGAGACAGAAACAAUGACAUUUUGCAGUUCUCGUCACGUUUUCCUCGUUGUGAAUAGUUCCCCCUCGACGGGCUGACUGGUCCUUCUCAAGCCAUUUAUUUAGCUAUUGGGGAAAAAUACUUGGAUAAAAAGAAUAUCCUGUAAAAAUAUUGGAGUAGAGUGACUGAAACAAUGACAUUUUGUGGCUCUCUUCGUCGCGUUUUCCUCGUUCUGAACAAUUCCCCCUCAAUGGGCUGAAUAGUAAAACCGAUCAGCCCAGUCUCCCGCUGACGUCAUCCACCUGUUGGGGACGCUAGAGCCCUAUAAUGGUAGGCGUGGCUAACCAGCAGAUUAAAACACUAAUUUCUCGUCAUCUACGCCUUGCUAAAUUGUUGUAUAUAGUCGAAUCGUCUCAAAAUAUGAUUCAAAUUCACAUAAUAAUGCUAUUUAAGACUUUUUUUCUCCUGUCGUAUGCUCUUUAAGUUGCUAAAUAAUGUUGUAAA